AAAGUAAGAGGCUGGUUGGGGAAGGCUGCUUGGAUCGGGGUCCUGGGCUGCGAGGCGCUGGUCCCAGAGCGCGGAGAGAAGCUGUGCGGGACCACCUGGCAAGCAUCCCCGAGCCUUUUCGGCAACAGCUCAGCUUCCCAAGAAAGGAUGGGAUUCCUGUGGUGUGCAAUAUGCCUCUACUUGUAUGGGAUCCUGCCGAGCAAUGCCUGGGAACGCUGCGAUGACUGGGGACUGGACACCAUGAGGCAAAUCCAAGUAUUUGAAGAUGAGCCAGCUCGCAUUAAGUGUCCCCUCUUUGAACACUUCUUGAAGUUUAACUACACCACCGCCCACUCUGCGGGCCUCACUUUGAUAUGGUACUGGACUAGGCAAGACCGAGAUUUGGAGGAACCCAUUAACUUCCGCCUCCCUGAGAACCGCAUCAGUAAGGAGAAAGAUGUGCUCUGGUUCCGGCCCACACUUCUCAAUGACACUGGCAACUAUACCUGCAUGCUGAGGAAUACCACAUAUUGCAGCAAAGUUGCAUUCCCUCUGGAAGUUGUUCAGAAAGACAGUUGUAACAAAUCCCUAAUGAAACUCCCGGUGCAAAGGCUGUAUCUAGAAGAUGGUAUUCAGAAGAUCUCUUGUCCAAAUGUUGAGGGAUAUUUUCCUCCCACUGUCAAGCCAACCUUCACUUGGUAUAAGGACUGCUCUAAAAUUGAGAAUUUUCAUAAUGUGAUACCUGAAGACAUAAACUUGAGCUUUCUCAUCCCCUUGACUUCAAACAAUGGGAAUUACACAUGUGUUGUUACCUACCCAGAAAAUGGACGCAUGUUUCACCUUACCCGCACUUUGAUGGUAAAGGUUGUAGGCUCUCCAAAAGAUGCAAUGCCCCCCCAGAUCUAUUCACCCAAUGAUCGUGUGGUAUAUGAGAAAGAACCAGGAGAGGAGCUAUUGAUCCCCUGUCAAGUCUAUUUUAGUUUUAUAAAGGACUCCCACAAUGAGAUUUGGUGGACCAUCGAUGGGAAAAAGCCUGAUGAUGUCACCAUUGACAUAACCACUAAUGAAAGUGUAAGUUAUUCUAAAACGGAAGAUGAAACCAGAACCCAGAUUUUGAGCAUCAAGAAAGUUACCCUUGAGGAUCUUAAGCGCAACUAUGUCUGUCACGCUAGAAAUGCCAAAGGAGAAGUUGACAGAGCAGCCAAGGUGAAGCAGAAAGUGGUGCCUCCCAGAUACACAGUGGAACUGGCAUGUGGUUUUGGAGCCACCGUCCUGCUAGUGGUGGUUCUCAUUGUUGUUUACCAUGUUUACUGGCUGGAAAUGGUCCUCUUUUACCGGGCUCAUUUUGGAACAGAUGAAACCAUUCUAGAUGGGAAGGAAUAUGACAUUUAUGUAUCCUAUGCAAGGAAUGCUGAAGAAGAGGAAUUCGUCUUACUGACCCUCCGAGGAGUUUUGGAGAAUGAAUUUGGUUAUAAGCUGUGUAUCUUUGAUCGGGACAGUCUGCCUGGUGGAAUUGUCACAGAUGAGACAUUGAGCUUCAUUCAGAAAAGCAGACGCCUCCUGGUUGUCCUAAGUCCCAACUACGUGCUCCAGGGAACCCAAGCUCUCCUGGAGCUCAAGGCUGGCCUAGAAAAUAUGGCCUCUCGGGGCAACAUCAACGUCAUUUUAGUGCAGUACAAAGCUGUGAAGGACACGAAGGUGAAAGAGCUGAAGAGGGCUAAGACGGUGCUCACGGUCAUUAAGUGGAAAGGGGAGAAAUCCAAGUAUCCCCAGGGCAGGUUCUGGAAGCAGCUUCAGGUGGCCAUGCCAGUGAAGAAGAGCUCCAGGUGGUCUAGCAGUGACAAGCAGGGGCUCUCCUAUUCUUCCUUGAAAAAUGUAUGAAAGGAGUAUAAAGAGCCAAGAGUACUCUUGAGCAAUGAAAAAUCCCACUUCUUUACUCCCAAUGUAGGGUCUGGUUGGCAGAAUAAAGUUCUGUCUAAGCCUCCUUAAUAGGGACAAGUUCAAAGUGACUUUGCAAUGGGCAGUUUUGCAUCUGGGGCAACACCAAUGUUUAGAAUGAAACCAUCAGCAAUCUGUCACCAGUCUGAUGUCAUUAUGGUCUUUUUCAAGCAGUGGCAUAAUUGAUGUGUUUUUUCUUCUUCAUCCUCCAUCCCUAGUACUAUUUCUUCCCAUCUUCUGGUAAAACCUUAAUAUUAUAGUGCAACUUGGCCCACACAUUUAACAGCCCCUUUAAGAUACAUUACUUGUUGACAUUGUUGGUAUUAUUUUUAUGAGUAGAGUUUUCUUUUCGUGUUUUUGUUCAUCCAUUAGAAAAAUAUUCAUGGCCUAAACUUAUAUUAGCUGGGGAUUAUGAACUCAGUAUAUCACCACAGCAAGACAAACAGACAGACAUCCAACUGGGUUGACACAAUGCAGUAUUAACAACUGCUGUUUCUUGCUAUUGAUCUGAAAGGCAGGCUGCAUAUUUUUUAUCCCUACUGUGCCCCAUUUGCUUUCAUCUCAGGUAACUGAUAAUGUAUUUGUAAACUU